AUGCCAUCUACACAUACUGCCUGGAAGCGAAUCAAAUGCGACGAAGAAAGGCCUUCUUGUCUGGCGUGCUCCAGCAGGGGAUAUGAUUGCCCGGGAUACCAGAAGGCCGUUAAAUGGUUGGCGAAGUAUGAAUUACGCGAGUCGAAUUCCUAUGCGCAGAGCGUGCAUCCGUCGGCAAAUGGCCCCGGAACUGGACCCUCCAUGAGCUGGUUUCUGGAUCCUGCAGAGAAGCUGCGUACCGCUCUGCAAAGCCAUCCUCCGCCCGUGCUGAACCAAACCUCAUCUUGUGAAAGCCCCUCUGCUCAUGACUACACGUGUGUCUUGGAUAACUCCUUGCCAGGCCAAAGCUUAGCUUUCACCCCACGUCGCAUCUGCCGUGGCAACGGGGAUACGCGAGGGGAUAAUGAAAUUGAUUUGCCUGAUCUUUGCCCUCUAGCAGACACCUGCACGAUAUUACGGGCAUAUUAUUUUUAUCACACAUGUCGUAUCCUCUCCGGGUUUGACUCGCCGACAAACCCUUUGCGCGAGUGGGUUUCCAAGCUCUCAACACAAAAUGAUGUGGUCCAUUCCUGCGUCCUGUCAAUAUCGGCCGCCCAUAUUUCACAGCAGGAGCACGGAACCAGUACACUGGCAUUGGGCCAUCACACGCGUGCACUCUGGAGCCUCGCAACCUCGGUUGCGAGCUUAGAUGGUGCGCUGCUCGAGUCAACUGUACCGGAUGCUGAGAGGAAGUCAGUCGCAAGAAGGAGUGAAUCCAUGACUGCAUUGCUCUUUGGUAUUACCAUAUUCGGCAUGACGGCGUCUUGGCAUGAUUCCUCGUCGCUUGGAACCCAACACCUGCAGGCGGCACGGGCGAUCUUCCGAGCAUUAUACCCACACCCAGACGGAUCCCUCGGAAUCAACACACGAGGGCUCGGCGUCCCGCGCGCCUUUUCCAUUCCAGACCGUUCCCAUUGCGCUCAUGCUCCCGCUGCCACUGCCGCUGCUGCUCCGCAUCACUUCUUUGUCGGCGCGUUGGCCUACUGGGAAGCCCUGACAUCGUUCGUCGUGGACCAAGAAGACAUCGAGGGGGCCGAGUACCUGAUCGCCUCUCGGCCGCGUGUGAGCCAUCAAGGUACAACUCGAGGGAUGCUUAAAGAUCCCCAUCCAUGGAGCGGGAUCUCGCCGGAGCUGUUCAUCUACCUCUCGGAGAUUGGUGCGAUCGCCAGACGAUUUCAUUAUAUCCGGAGGGAUCAGUCAACCUAUAUGGCAGGAGACGGAGGAGGCUCGACUGCGUUCCAACUUCAGGCGCAGCGUAACGAUCUGCGCUCACGUGCCGGGCGACUCAAAGCAUUGGUAUCGCAGUACCAGGUUCCACCUCCUGAAGCUGUGCGGGCAACUGGUGACGCACUUGCGCCCGCCGACCAUUUCCGCACCUUGGCGAGAGUGUACCAGCUUUCAGCCCUGUUGGAACUCUAUCGAAUGUUCCCUGAGUUGGAGCAGCAGGAUGAUCCUGCGUCUGGGCCGUGGCUGUCUUCGCAUGAGGCUGCUUUGGAGCAGGGUGUGAAUGACGAGCACCGACGAAGACAAUCGCAUGCGCGGGCGGUUGGCAUUCUGUCGUUGAUUGCCUCUAUCCCCGAGACCUCGAGCACGCGGGCAACUCAGAUGCUGGCUCUCGUCAUUGCUGGGAGCACCCUGCAGCCUUUGCCGGUCAAUGAUGGAGUGGGCCUAUUGUCUUCAGGGAGAACGUCAGGGGCUGGUGCAGGAGGGGCUAUCACGCCACCAUCUUACGCUACUCCGACUACUAUGGCUAGUACUGCACAAGCGGACAUCCAACCUUGGCGAGCGUUUGUGGCCGAUCGGCUUCGGAAUCUAGCUUGCUACGUCGGCCUGGCGACCGUGCAACAGGCAGCCAGAAUCGUGGAAGAAUCCUGGGCUCGAGCAGACAGCCAGGCGGCCGUAGGGUUGGUCGGGCACGGGGCGGCGCGAGUCAUGUCUCAGCGGGGUCUGGUUGUACAUUGGAUCGACGUCAUGAUCGAGUGUGGGCUGGAGACUAUCUUGGGCUAG